AUGCCAAUGAACCACAAGAACACAACUCUGGUCUCCGAAUUCUUCCUCCGUGGAUUCUCCUCCCAGCCAGAGGUCGAAACACUCCUCUUCCCGCUUUUCCUCUUGAUGUAUUUGCUCACCAUUCUGGGGAAUGUAACCAUCAUCUUGUUGAUCCGCUGCGAUAGGCACCUUCUCCAAACCCCCAUGUACUUCUUCCUCAGUCACCUCGCAGUGGCCGAUUUGGGUUUUGCCAGUACCAUUGUCCCCAAGGCGCUACAGAACUUGUUGUCUCAGAGAAAGACCAUCUCCUACCAUGGCUGCCUGGCCCAGAUGUUUUUCUACAUACAUAUCGGCAAUGCAGAUAGCUACCUUCUGGCUUCCAUGGCCUAUGACCGCUACGUGGCCAUCUGCAGCCCGCUGAACUAUUCCAUUGUGAUGAGUCACAAACGUUGCCUCCAACUGGCAACUCUGUCCUGGACUAUCACCAUGUUCCACUCAUUGAUUUAUACGUUCUUGAUGUCCCGUGUUGAGUUCUGUGACCCUGGGGAAAUCCCUCAUUUUUUCUGUGACCUUUAUCCUGUUCUGGAUGUCUCUUGCUCUGACUCCUACCUGAUAGAUCUAGUAUUGAUGACUGAGGGGAUAGUAGAGAUCCUGGGGCCGUUUGUGCUCAUUAUCAUUUCCUACGCACUCAUCUUCUACUCCAUCGUGAAGAUUCCAUCUGCCACUGGGAAGCGCAAGGCCUUCUCCACAUGCGGGUCCCACAUCUGUGUGGUGGUCAUGUACUUUGGGGGUAUCAGCUUUGUUUAUUUCAAGCCAAAUUCUAAUUUGGCGGAACGCCAUGACACCUGGGCGGCUAUGAUGUAUACCAUGGUCAAUCCCAUGGUGAAUCCCUUCAUCUACAGCCUCAGGAACAAUGAGAUGAAAGCAGCCAUGAAGAGAGUCAUUAGGAAGCAUUUUCGUUAA